GUAUAGUAUUCCGUUAACAGUUGUGUAUUUACGAUGAAAUGUUCUCAAAUCAACUAAAAGAAUGUAAGAUCUUCUCUAAAAUCGAUUUGACAUGUUGUGUUAUUGAAAACGAGGCAGGGCGGAAGCGGGAAUUUUUCAAACUUGAAAAUGGAAAUUUCUGAAGAAAUUGAUCAAAAUCCAGUAAUUCCAGCUGAUGAAAAUGAUGAAGGUGAAGUCCAAGAAAAUGGAGAAGGACAGUAUGCUACAUUACUGCGUGAAGCACUAGAUAAAACGAUCUCAAGAUGUCUCUCCGUUGGAAAGUUGAAGUUAUUUGUCAAGAACUUUCAGCCAAUUUUUGAGAAGCAACCAAAAAUGCUGAAAAAUAUCCAUACACAGUUUUCCAAACAACUUGAAACUGUCAUAAAGCAAGAAGUUGAUGGAAUGUUGGAAGAAGAAAAGGUGAUCCCGCUUCUUGAAGAUUUGGAGAAAAUUGUUGCAGAUUCCCCUGACAGAAUAGCAUGGAGACCCAGUGGUGAUGUGGAUGCUGACAUGAGAUCACACCUAAUGCCUAUCAAAGUCAGACAAAAACAAAAGCUUCAGAGAAUCUUAACAUCUAUUGAAGAAGAAAAUAAAAGUCUGGAAAAAGCUAUGGCUCACCGUCAAAAACAUCUUGAGGCCUCACAGAAAAAAUUAGAGGCAAAAACACAGAAUAUUCAUCAGACAUACGACACAUGCUGGGGCAAUAUGGCUCUCAUGAGUCAGCUCAGGAACUCUUUGAUACAACAGACUUUGCAAUGAUCUAGAGUCCAACAGGAUUAUGGAGUUGCUUUGUGAACAAUGCUGAAUUGCUUGGUGAAC